UAUUCCGACCCGAUCCAGCCGCAGGGGUGAGAUAUUCCGAAGGCCAUCACCGCACCGCCUCGCCUCACCAACCCCGGCUGGCCUCCGCCUCCGGCCCGAGGUACUCCUCCGCGCUCGCCCACCUGCCCGUGCCCGGGCUCCAUGUAUAAAGCCGCAUCCGCCCGCCUCCUCCUCCUCAGAUCCCUCUCCUCCCCCGUCGCUGCCUCCUCUUCCUCGGCGUCCUGCAAGUCGCGGCUCGUCGCCUCCUCCGCUCUCCUCGCGCUCUCAAGGCCGUGCGGCGCGUGGGCCGGCCGCGGCGGGCUCGUGCGCGCCGGUGGGUUGUCCGGGAGCCGCGCGCGUUUCGCCGCCGUCAGGGCGCAGAUCGGGGCCGCCGUGCCUGCCGUCGAGAGGUUCCAGCGCAGGAUGGCCUCCCAAGCUACUGAGCAUGCCUUCAAGAAUAUUCUGACCAGCCUCCCUAAGCCUGGAGGUGGUGAAUACGGGAAGUUCUACAGCCUUCCUGCUCUAAAUGAUCCAAGGAUUGAUAAGCUACCCUACUCCAUUCGUAUUCUUCUAGAAUCUGCUAUCCGCAACUGUGAUAACUUCCAAGUUACCACAAAUGAUGUUGAGAAAAUCAUUGAUUGGGAAAACACAUCUCCAAAGCUGGCUGAGAUACCUUUCAAGCCAGCACGAGUCCUUCUUCAGGACUUCACUGGAGUUCCAGCAGUUGUAGAUCUUGCAGCUAUGCGUGAUGCGAUGGCCAAGUUGGGAAGUGAUGCCAACAAGAUCAACCCAUUGGUCCCAGUGGAUCUUGUUAUUGAUCACUCAGUGCAGGUGGAUGUAGCAAGGUCGCCGAAUGCCUUACAGUCAAACAUGGAGCUGGAGUUUAGCCGCAACACAGAAAGAUUUGGUUUCCUUAAGUGGGGCUCUACUGCUUUCCAGAAUAUGCUGGUUGUCCCUCCUGGUUCUGGUAUCGUGCACCAGGUCAAUCUUGAGUAUCUUGGCAGAGUUGUUUUCAACACGGAUGGCAUUCUCUAUCCUGACAGCGUAGUUGGUACUGAUUCACACACCACUAUGAUUGAUGGUUUGGGGGUUGCUGGCUGGGGUGUUGGUGGUAUUGAAGCUGAGGCUACAAUGCUUGGUCAGCCAAUGAGCAUGGUUUUGCCUGGUGUGGUUGGCUUCAAGUUGACUGGAAAAUUACGGAGUGGUGUCACGGCUACUGACCUUGUUCUUACUGUGACGCAAAUACUAAGGAAGCAUGGUGUAGUUGGCAAAUUUGUUGAAUUCUAUGGUGAAGGUAUGGGUAAGCUGUCUUUGGCUGACAGGGCCACAAUUGCGAACAUGUCACCUGAAUAUGGAGCUACCAUGGGCUUCUUCCCUGUGGACCAUUUGACAUUGGAUUACCUUAAAUUGACAGGCCGGAGCAACGAAACUGUGUCGAUGAUUGAAGCAUAUCUGCGAGCCAACAAUAUGUUUGUAGACUACAAUGAGCCUCAAACAGAACGAGUUUACUCUUCUUAUCUUGAGCUGGACCUUGCUGAAGUGGAGGCUUGCGUUUCCGGCCCAAAGAGGCCUCAUGACCGUGUCCCUUUGAAGGAAAUGAAAUCAGAUUGGCAUGCUUGCUUGGACAACAAAGUUGGGUUCAAGGGUUUUGCAGUGCCAAAGGAGCAGCAGGAUAAAGUAGUAAAAUUUGACUUUCAUGGAAAGCCUGCGGAAAUCAAGCACGGUAGUGUUGUUAUAGCAGCAAUAACUAGCUGCACAAACACAUCAAAUCCUAGUGUUAUGCUUGGUGCUGGACUUGUAGCUAAGAAAGCCUGCGAGUUGGGUCUUGAGGUGAAACCAUGGGUGAAGACAAGCCUUGCCCCUGGAUCUGGAGUUGUCACGAAAUACUUGCUUCAGAGUGGUCUUCAUGAAUACUUGAACCAGCAAGGAUUUAAUCUUGUUGGGUAUGGCUGUACCACUUGCAUUGGCAACUCUGGUGAUCUUGAUGAAUCUGUGUCAGCUGCCAUUGUGGAAAAUGAUGUCGUUGCUGCUGCUGUUUUAUCGGGCAACCGUAACUUCGAGGGUCGUGUGCACCCUUUGACUCGGGCUAACUACCUUGCUUCACCACCUCUUGUUGUUGCUUAUGCGCUUGCUGGCACUGUCAACAUUGACUUUGAUAAAGAGCCCAUUGGAAUUGGAAAGAACGGCAAGGAAGUCUACUUCAGGGAUAUAUGGCCCUCAACUGAAGAAAUUGCACUGGUUGUCCAAUCUAGUGUGCUGCCUGACAUGUUCAAGAGCACCUACGAGUCUAUCACAAAAGGCAACCAGAUGUGGAACCAGCUAACUGUCCCAGAAACGUCGCUCUAUUCAUGGGAUCCAAAAUCCACUUACAUUCAUGAGCCCCCAUACUUUAAGGACAUGACCAUGUCCCCACCUGGUCCCCAUGCAGUGAAGGAUGCCUACUGCUUACUGAACUUCGGAGAUAGCAUUACAACAGAUCACAUUUCACCUGCAGGCAGCAUACACAAAGAUAGUUCCGCUGCCAAGUAUUUGCUUGAGCAUGGUGUGGACCGGAAGGACUUCAAUUCGUAUGGUAGCCGUCGUGGAAAUGAUGAAAUUAUGGCAAGGGGAACAUUUGCUAACAUCAGGAUCGUGAACAAGUUUUUGAACGGAGAAGUUGGACCCAAGACUAUUCAUGUUCCUAGUGGGGAGAAGCUUUACGUUUUUGAUGCGGCCAUGAGAUACAAAUCCGAGGGCCAUGGCACUAUAAUUCUUGCUGGUGCUGAAUACGGAAGCGGCAGUUCUCGCGAUUGGGCUGCCAAGGGACCGAUGCUCCUGGGAGUCAGAGCUGUGAUUGCCAAGAGCUUCGAGCGUAUCCACAGAAGCAAUUUGGUGGGGAUGGGAAUCAUUCCUCUCUGCUUCAAAGCUGGCGAGGAUGCUGAUUCGCUUGGCCUUACUGGACAUGAGCGGUACACCAUUGACCUCCCUACCAACAUCAGUGAGAUCCGUCCUGGCCAGGAUGUGACUGUCACGAUCGAAAAUGGGAAAUCGUUCACUUGCACCCUUCGCUUCGACACAGAGGUGGAGCUGACUUACUUCAACCAUGGAGGCAUCCUCCCGUACGUUAUCCGCAACUUGGCAGGCGCGCAGAACUAGGGCAUAUCACACCAUUUCGCCCACAAUGGGACCAGCUUGGGCGGCCUGGGUCGAUGUAGAGAGUUCGCUUCGGAUAUCAGGGUCUUUGUUCAUCAUAUAAAUAAUGUGGAAAUAAAAAAGCCGCACACGGCUACCAUCUGGUGGGAGCGCGAUUGACGACCAAUUUUGCCUGCUGAUUGGUUACCAUGCUGAACCGUGUGCGGGACAGGCUUUGCUGUCGUGGAAUUUCUGUUCCAUGACUUAUAGCGCGCUGUAAAUGUUUUUGAUGCAACUUGUGUACAUUGCUUAUGCAUUACGGUGUCUUUUGAGACGUUGAACAUUUUUGUACUGUCGGUAAAGUGUACUUCAAAAUUAUUGCU